AUGGCAGUAUCAAAAGCUGCAUUGGCAGCUAUCAAGUUCGACGCUUUAAGGAUAUUUAUCAAGCAAAAUAUAUUAAUAGCAUUCAUGCAUAUGACACUAAGACUAAGUAAGAACUACAAAUAAGGGAUAUGUAGUAAGUUAAAAUAAUUGGUAAUACAUAGUUAAUACAUACAGUAUAUGCCUUCUGAUAUUUCAAACAUCUUUAAACUGAUACCUUUAAAUAUACCUUUAAAUAUCUUUAAACAUCUUUAAUUUAUCUGCUUAUCUUUUAUGUAUGUUAAAGUAUUCUUUUGGUGUUUUCACACGUCCAGCUACACAAAGUCUUAAUCUAAAAUGAAAUGAUGUCGUGGCAAUAUACUGUAUAAAAGCACUAACAUAUAUUGAAGAACAACAUCUGGUUUCAGCUGGGAUUACAGAUUCAUAAUCAUGUUCGUUGUUUAUGAGUUCCUAAGCCCAACCAAAACUAUUCCAUAAACAGUUGCAUAGAAAUCUAAAUCCUCAAUCGAAUAUUUUAUAAAGUCGGUCUAAAUUAUAGUCGCGAUCGGUGCAUUUCGUCAACCUCUAAUUUAUUCUUCAAACAUCAGCCAUUCAUGGAAAACACGAAACGGCGGACGAAGCACGAAAGAAAGUGUUUCUUGCAAGAUUAUUUAUUGGUCUCUAUAGAAAACGUGACAAUGGCUAAUUGUCUGAAAGCGUACAGAUAUUUGCUAUAUUUACAAAGAGGAGACAAUUCGAAAAUUUGAACUCAAUGGAUUUUCCAAUGCCUCAACCCCCCCCCCCUUCAGUGCGUGGGGGAAAACAAAUGCAAUCUCUCAUUUAAAAGCAAUAAAAAAGAGCGUUCAACUUUCACUAUUAAUAGGAGCCGCGUUGUUGCGGUUUCUAUUGCUAUGUUCAAUAAUUUGCAGCUCCUUUCUUGUCAAGAAUUUUGAAGAAAUUAAUAAAUAUUCCUCUUAGUAUGUCCUUAUUCCUUUCAUUAAUAUCUUAGAGGCAACACCGCAGGGGCGGACUGGCCCACAGGGAUACCGGGAAAUUUCCCGGUGCGCCCCUUAUGAAAAUAUUCUUUGGCGCCCCUAUUUUGGAAUUUUGUACAUAAUUUAUAUGUUAUUUCGAAGAAAAUGAUAAAACUAUUGAAGUAAAAUAAUGAAAAGAUAACUUUGAGUAUAACAAGUUGAGCGCAACAACCGCGAUCGUUUUAUGCAAUUCGCGCCCGUCAUAACAGUAUAUUAAUAAUAUAUAAUCAUUUUUACGUUAUAUAGACUUCAUAAUCAGAGGGAAAAUGUUUAUUGACAAAGUGGAAGCAAUAUUUUUUUUAAAACAACAAAACCAAUAUUUUAAAUUUACAUUGGUUAUGUUUGGAAUUCGGAUGGAAAUUAUGUACUACACAGACUCAGUUUGCAAUGAUUUAAAUUAAUUGGAUAAACAUGAAAGGGCUCUCAAGAAAAGCGGUGCGCAGAGAAGGAAGGAAAAGCGAAAACAGGCAUUGCUUGAUGCCGGUUCUGAUCGAAAGCAGCAAAAAUUAUGUUUUUCUUGUGAAAGUCGUAAUAACAAUGAUCUACUUCAUGGAGAAAACGCAUCAAGUUCCUCUGAAUCAACUCCAGGCGAAGCAAGAGAUAAUGGAACGGUACGUUAUCUUACAAACUGAUGUUAAAUUAAGUAAUAAACGUUUUCUGGUAUUGUUAUUACUUUAAUAUUGACGAGUAUAAGGCAUCUUCAUGUUUUCUAGUUGGUAUUUAAACCCUGGCAAUAUCCAACUGCUGAUCUGGGUUAUUAAAAAUAUGAAGAAUUUAACAUAAGCAAUGUUGUUUAGAAAAAUAAAAGCAAACAUGUUUUAGUCUAUAAUGAAAGCACAUAAUUAUAAACCAGUGCGUUUUUAAAUUUUUUUUUAAAUAUAAUUUUUAUAUAACGGCGAUAAUGAUCCACAUAGCAAUAUUUGCUUUUGUGUUGUUUCUGGUUGGUUUGGAAAUAGAAAGUCUAGAAGUUAACUGCUUAUAUUUAUCUUAUACUUAUUUUUUCAAUUUUAAUGCCUCUGCAGUGGUGAAGGGAAACCUGAAUUUAUUUAUUUAUCAUUUCUAUUGCGUUAAUUAAUUAAUGCGUUUGAUUACUUCCGGUCUAUAUUCAAUUACAUAUAUCUCUACUUCAUGUAAUAUGCCUCAUACUGAAUGCACUCUACCAUAAUUACUUAUUUCUGGUUUACUGCUUACGAAAUAUUUUUGAGAUAUACAGUAUGUAGGUCCGUAAGUUAAUUACGGCCUGCCAUGUCCGUAUACGGAAAUAUUUCCCAAGGUCUCAAAAAGAAGUUGGAACGUAUUUUGAUAUAGGGUGAUUACUUUUGCCGCACAGGUUUUAAUUUUAGAAAUAAGAAUUCAUUGUUGUCCUUAGAUUGUGGCGUUUUACAGAUUAUUUGUCUAAAAAAUCUAAUGAUCAUUGAUGUUUCACACAGAACUCGCCAGAACGGGAAAAAACCUUAGAUGUUUUUACACCAGAAAUACAUGAUAAAACCAUUGAUAACGAACGUGCAAAGAUAGAUGACAAUAAAGAUCACUUUCAAAAACUCUCAAGCAGUACUGCGAUUCAUCAGAAAGUAGCGUUUGUUCAAAGUAAUUGUUGUCAACCAGGUAUUGCAACCGUCCACAAGUUACCUUUUGGUCCUAAGCGAGUGUACCAACGGAAAGUGCAGGAAAAGAAGUACGUUGCUCGUAAAUGGAUCACCGUACAAGUUAUAGAUCACGAGGUAAAGGGUGUUUAUUGCAAUAUUUGUGUAGCUUUUGCUGAAUCUUCUUCUGCUUUUACCAAUGGUUUUACUCAGUAUUCACAUAUAUACGAAAGAAUCUCUGAUCAUGAGUCAUCCAAGACACAUAAUUCUUCAGUAAUGGCAUUUGUCCACGCCCAGUCUAACAAAGAUAUAAGUUCUCUCACUAAUUCGGAAAUGGUUAAUGCUCGACGGCGCGAUGUUCAAGAAAACACUCGUGUCUUCGAAAGAAUAGUAUCUAUAAUCAAAUACCUUGCUAAACGAUCCUUGUCAUUCAGAGGACACCGAAACGAGUCUUCAUACACUUUAGAUGAUAGAUCAGUUGAUCAUGGUAAUUGUUUAGAAACAAUCCUCUUGAUUUCGGAAUUUGAUGUACCUUUAAACAGCCAUGUACAGAAAGUAAUUGAUAAAAGUAAGAAAAGACGAGGAAAUUUGAAACGAAUAGGCAAGUAG